UAAAUAUGGCGGACGAGAUUAUCGAAGAAUUGUGACCAAAAGUCAUGUUUUCGUUGACGGAACUACCAAAUAACCAAGAAGAAGUCGGGAAACUUCUUGUAAAAGUUCAAGACGAUCUACGGCAUCUCAGGGAGCAAAUCAGCAAUGCAGUGGAAGGAAGAAGUGCAGAAAACUUGGAUUUCAAGGACAUUGAGAAGGCUAUCGCGAAAACAGAGCUGGGUGUCAAGAGCAAAACCUCACAUUACGUGCAGACGUUAAACAACCAGGUCCUUACAUUGCCAUCUCUUGAACAAAGUGCUUCAAAGAAGAAGGUUGAAGAGCGCAGCAGUAGCAGUCUUGAUGAAAAACCAAGUGCCUACCUAAAAAAGCCACAUGGCAUUCGACCCAAGCAAAGCUCAAACAAAGGUCUUCUUCAGCCAAUUAUUGUUGCAAAGAGUGGUGGAAAGCCUGCACCAAAUGUUCCCUCACCUGGCCAACAGAGUAAAGAUCUUCGUGCACUUCAAUUACUAACCAAGCCAGAACAUCCAGCCUCAAGGGUGAUCCUGAGGGACAAAUAUGGAGUUGCUUUACCACAUAUCCAAGAGAAAACUGAAGCUGGAGCUGUCAAGCAAAAGAUAGUCACAGGUUGCACAGUUGAACACCUGGCGACAUUGCCUCGUUCAAACAGAGUUGACCCUUCAAGAACGCCCCCUCCUGUCUCAGAAAAUGAUGCGAGGAAAGGAAUCCUCAGUCUUUUGGAAAGAGGUCUUAUUCCGCCGGCUGCUGAACUAUCGCUCGAACCAUCACCUGUUCGUCAUCAGCAAGCAAUGCUACAUGAUGCAAGAGAACAAUUCAUAAGGAUGAACAUGGAACCACCGGAAGAGUUCUGUGGAGUUGGUGGUUACAAUAUUGCUGCGGUGAAGACAGACAACACAAAUGCUCAAAACGCUAAGGAGACCUCGCUUGCUGAGCGUAAGAGAAAGAAAAUUGAUCAUUUACGGGACGCGAAUCAGGGCUGGACAGACAAUUCAGUAUUGCGAACUCCUCCGCGUGAUAUUAACGCUAUCUUACCGCUUCCAGCUCCUGUUCCUACGCCAUCCAGCGACGUCAAAUCUUCGCAUAAAUUUGUCAUUCAAAAUGGCCGAACUCGUUCAACAUCCCAGGAUUUCGCAGACUUCAAACGGCAUUACUGUUUAUCAUGGGGAAGCAUUUUGACGCUCAUUCUAAAAUUGGAAGAAAUUAUGCGAGAUUACUCCGUGCCGCUUGCAAUUAUCGACGGUGACAGACUGGCAGAUCUGGCCCUAGUAUUUGAACUGGAGGAGAGACCUAAACUGGAGCAUUUCCUAACGUGUGUUCUGAACUCCGAAGAUGUCGAGAAGACAAUCAGAAUGCCUGGUCGCCGCUACCUUGGUCCAGAUGGCGAGAAAAUGGCCGCUAUAAAAAUACAAUCUUCGUGGCGACGUUACCGGGACAGGGCGGCGUAUUUAAUCUAUCGUCAGCGUCAGUGGGCGGCCGGGGUAAUUGCAAUAUCAUGGAUCAUGAACUGUAAACUCUCGAUGAUUAGAAAACAACUGAAACAUCUCAGGCAGACACAGGCCGAGAAGUUUAAACUCCGUUCACGAAUUUUUCGUUCAAGAUGGACCAAAAUCAAGGAGUCAAGGAGAGUGGCUGUCCAUAUUCCUUCACUAGGUUACCCGCAGUUUAUUCGUGAUAAUCUCAGUGAUCUGCCGAUGCUUCAGAACCUACAGAUGGCAAGACUUUGCGACAUUGCAGAUUCUAAAGUCGAUGUAAUUUACGUGUGUCCUGUUGAACUUACGGACGAUGUCGAUCAAUAUUAUUCAAAAUUGCUUGCAAUGAGAGCUGCCUCUGAUUCUAAGCACGAAGCGAUUGAGAAUCGUUAUAAGAUUGUAGUUCCUGAUGCUGUUCAUAGAUUUCCUCACCACAACAUGUGCCUAGCCUCAAUCCUUAAGUACAGCCCGAAGACCAUCCAGAGGAUCAAAGCUCUGAUUAAGGGUCGUGACGCAUACAUUGUUCCUGGUGUCCUUCAUCAAGACGACCUUUAUUUAUCUGAUCUCCUGGAUUUACCAAUUCUGAGCCCAGACCCGGACGUGGCUAAUUUGUACGCAUCCAAGUCGGGAACGAAGAGGAUUUUCCUCGCGGCCAAAGUUGAAAUACCGCCCAGUGAAUUCGAUAUUUAUAGCUUACCUCAGCUUCACGAAUGCUUAGCUCAGGUUGUAACCGAAAAUCUUCACAUAAAACGAUGGCUGUUCAAGAUGGACAACGAAUUCGGCGGUCGUGGCACAGCGUACUGUGAUGUGACCCGGUAUCUUAGUUGUUUUGCGCCUGCGUGGAAGGAAUGCCGGAGAUACGGAGAGAAGUGGUCCAAGAAAUGGGCUCAUGAACCGACGUUGAUUAAAAUUGCGGCCGAAAUACCAGCGAUACUCGCCCAACAUGGCUGUCCUGCGUCCAAAGAAGGUUAUGCAACUUGGGAGAAGUUUCUCGAAGUCUUUCUUCAACGAGGUGGUAUUAUCGAGGCGUGUCCUCCUAGUGAAAGUAUUACAGCUGUAACCGUUGACAUCAUGAUUGAGCCUGAUGGAAAUAUAUCUGUUUUAAGUACGAGUGACCAGAUUCAUGCGACGUCUGUGUAUCAAUGUUGGGGCAACUCGGUUCCUCAGGCGUCAGUAGAUCCCAGCCUCCUGGUCGAAAAGGCCACGGCUAUAGCCAGUGCGUGUCGACAACGGGACAUCAUUGGAUAUAUCUCUAUAGAUUUUGUCACUUUCAUCGACCCAGAGACGAUGGAACAGGUGUUAUGGGCUGUGGACCUGAAGCUCACGCAUAGCGAUAGUUUGGCUCAAAUGAAGCUGAUGAAAUAUGUUACAAAUGGGACAUUUGAUGCGGAACGAAGUGUAUUUCAAGUUCCUGUCGUUGUCAAAAAACCCGAACCAACAUUAGGCCUGUCAAGACGACGUAAAACCAUCGUUCACGAAGAGCCUCCGCCAAGUCCAUAUCGUUAUGCGAUAUUCAGUUCCAGGCUCCAACACAGCAACUUGAGUGUGAUUCACUACAGCGUCUUCUUUCAAAUGUGUCGAGCACAUGGUAUCGGAUUUGACAUGAAGGAGAAAGCGGGCACAAUAUUUUGUUUGGUAGAUAGUUAUAAAAAGGAAUUCCUUACGAUGAUGGUAAUGAGUGAUGAUCUUCAAGGUUCGCUGUCGACUUUUGCACGCAAUUUGUCUGUAAUACAUCAAGAAAUAUCAGCUCCAAAUAUGCAAGGAAGAAGCAACUUUCAAGAAGCCAUAGACGACAUUGAUGAAAUAUUGGGAACGACAGAAGAGAAUCUCAAGCAACAUCGUGAUGGAAAAACUGCUCAGCUUCAGGCGCCGAGGCCAAAGGAACUUCAGCGCAUUCUGCAGGAGCAUCAGAGAAGCGUCUCGAAAGGUGUGGGGGACAAGCAAACAGAGGAGAGGGGGGCGACUCCAAGAGAUGAUGCUGAGGGUGGAAUAGCAAGAGAUACAGAGGAAAGGGCGAGCGAAAGGGGAACAGUUUCGGCGAUGCAAGAAACACAUCACGUUUCAGAACCUCACCCUUUGCAUCAACUAUCGUCUGCGUCUGUGAACAUAAACCCACCUCCCCCCUCCCCUCGGGAUGCAGCUAACAGUCACGUGAACGAGAAGAACGUUCAGCCUAAAUAUAAAAGAUGACAUCGUCAAAUAUGACGCUAUAUUUGGUAUAACUAUUAGCGACUGAUAUUUU